ACAAGAUGAUAAUCUGUGGUCGAGAAACUGGAAGGUGAAGCGAAUGGUGAAAUGAAAAUUUUGUAAAACAUUUCAUUGUGCUUAUUUAACUAUUGUUAAUUUAGUUAUUCAGGUAUUUUAUGUAACACAGAAUAGUGAUACAAUAGCUUAACAUGUCUGCACCGUCUGCCGCUAGGUCAGAUUCGUUCGACGAAUUCUACACAGAGGUAAAAGAAAUUGAAAAACGUGAUUCUGUGCUGACUCCAAAACAACAACUUGAACGAUUACUACGUCCAGGCUCUACAUAUUUUAAUCUAAACCCAUUUGAAGUGCUACAAGUUGAGCCAGAUGCUUCCCUUGAUGAAAUUAAGAAGAAAUACCGAAGACUAUCCAUUCUGGUACAUCCAGAUAAAAAUAUGGAAGACUUGGAACGCGCACAACAGGCUUUUGAGAUAGUAAACAGGGCAUGGAAGACGCUUGAGAAUGAUGACACUAGAAAAAAGUGCCUGGACAUUUGUGAAGAAGCUAAAGAGCGUACUGACCACAUGAUUGAGCAGAAAAGAAAAAAGCAGAAAAAGGAAAACAAAUUGUCUGAAGGCAUUCCGGAGGAUGAUCCUGUGAAAUAUAAACAUGCAAUUUAUGUUAUGACCAUGAAGUUGUUUGCUGACAUGGAACGUAAACGCCAGCAUCUUGAAGUCAGAGACAUGGAGGAGAGGAAGAGGAAACGAGAAGCUGAAAUUGAACAGGAAGAACAGAAGUCUCUUGAAAAGGAAUGGGCUAAGAACUUUGAGGAAUCCCGACAAAACCGAGUUGACAGUUGGAAAACGUUCCAAUCUGGUGGCGGUAAGGAGAAAAAGAAGAAGAAAAUCCAAGGAUUCAAGCCCCCCAAACCCAAACCAGAGAGCAGAUAACUCUCACUUAUCAUUAUACAUAAUUAUAGUUCAGUUUAGCGCUUUAUUUCGAAUCUACGACUACGAUAGUUGACUAGACUUAAAAAACAAUAUGCAAUAUCAAUAUUACAUAAUGAAAUUGGAAGAUCGGUCGGCUAGAAGUCUUAAGGUCUUGUCAGAGUUAUUUUGUUCAUUCAAAUUGUAAUAAUAUCGGGAACUCGGCUGUGACAAAUACGAAGCAUUGCAAUAGCGAACUUGUUCAUGAAAUAUUUACAAUUACGUGUCUUCAGUUGCCAUUUUUUUGUGUCGCAGUGUUUACAUAACUGUUAAGGAUCGUAGACAAGCUAGCUGUUGACAAAUAGUUGUAUUAAAUUACUAUGUGAUUUAUGAAUUCGACUUCUAAAUUUCCGACAAAAAUCUAGAAUAUCUACCAAUAUCAGUAAAAUAAGCCUUAAUAUUAAAGGUUGGCUCAUUUGAAAAUUUUAUUCAGUAACUUGCUCUUGAAAUAAUUACGUCCACUUCAUUGAUAUCCCUAGAAAGGGGUUGAUGAAAAUAUAAAUAAUUUUAAAUUAAUAUUUUUAAGAAUGAGAUCUGUCCGGUAACAGUUCAAUAUUGUAUAGUGUUCUUAUAAGGACUCAAGCUGUAUGCACAACUUAGUAGCGCUGCAUUUGCGACAAAUUAGUGCGAAACUAGCGCCAUAAUACAGCGACCUAGCAAACUUAUGCAAUAAAAAUUCGAAUGCAAUUUAGAGGCGCGUUGUUUCAUGGACUCGUGUCUGACUGCGUCGAACGCAUUGUAAUAUUAGCAGUAAUUAUUAAUUCUUCUCUAUAGAAAUAAAGAGAGUAAGUUAAAA